GCAUUGUUAAUGACGGCUUCUGAGCCGCAUUUCAUGCAAGCGCAACUUCAUCUGAAGGAGGCGGCGCAACUGGCACCUGCGUCUCAAGCAGUGCGAAUUACACUGUUGAUUUGCUCCGCGGCCGUGGCCUUGAGCGGCAAGAAUCGCGAUCGCAAGAAAGCACUGAGUUUGCUGGAUCGUGCUCUUGCCGCUUUGGAGGGCGAGCAACGAGAACCUGAAGGCUCCCGUACGGCUCACGCAAGCUUGGGCCACGUGGCGGGCAGCGGCGGCGCCGCCGCGGCCAUGCUGUCGGCACGGAGUCGGAGUGCUGAAGAGGCGCGGUGGCUGGCUGCUCGCACCUUGGUGAAGAGCCAACAGGCCAUGGCGAAAGGUGAUGAUUUGGAACAAGCUCUUCAGUGUCGUAGCUUCCUGCAACUGGUUGCAAGGGAGCCCCAACAACGCGCUGCCGCAGUACCUUCCUUGCUCUUCCAACUGCGCGUGACCGCUUUGUGUGACCUUUGCCGCUGGGAAGAGGCUGUAUCAGAUUGCCGACACGCUCUGAUUGUCGACCCUGGAGAUGAAGGUAUCCAGUUCACCAUGCACGUCUCAGCCGGCAUUCUCAAGUUUCAGGAUUUGAAGUUUGAGGCCUCCAUUGGUUGCUUCACCAAAGCCAUACGCCUGCAGCCGGUGAAUGUCCAGGCGCGACUACAUCGAGCCAUUGCCCUGGCAUGCGCGGCAUGGGCACGGGGCAUGGAGGGCUCCACUCAAGAGACGGCCCGUGUGGUGCAGCUCUUGACCGAUUCCGUGCAAGACUUGGAAGCCGUGGAACAACAGGCCAUGAUCACGGGUGUCAUGGCGCCGCUGGGUGCGGCGCACCUGCGGGCGGCGUGCCUCUGCAGCCUGGGACGCCUCCAUGAUGCCUGGGAGGCUCUCUGUGAAAGCGGCCGCCGCUGCGCCGGGCGCCGGUCGAGCUUGGAAGGACCUGACCUCUCAGCACCGCGGCAGCGUGCCCUGGAGGCGGAACUGCUGGUGUUGCUGGAGAGGCAUUCGGAGGCCAUUGAGGCGUGCUCCGCAGUGUUGGCGUUGAACAGCAGGGGUCAUGCCGACGCACGCGUGAUGCGCGCAUGGUGUUUAUCCGAGAUUGGGGAUGUCGAUGCUGCUUUUGAGGACGUGGCGGCUGCGCUCGCCUUGGCUCCAGAACGAGCUGAUUUGCAGGAGGUCGAGGGCGAUCUCUGUUUGCAAUACGGCCGUCUGGCGGAUGCCUUCAACGCCUUUGGCAAAGCCCUGAAAUUGCGGGAACCUAGGACUGCCAGGUUGGCCUUCAAAAGAGCGCUGGCCCAGCUGAAGGUCGGCCAUCUCACAGGAGCGGAGCUGGAGCUCGGCAAAGCGCUGCGGGCCUGUCCCACCGGGAUGGUACCACUGGCGCGUGCCAAAGAUGCCGUUGGAAUCCUUUCGCUGAUGUUCAAGAGUGAUUGGCGCCAUGCGCAUGUGAGACUCAACAUGUUGCUGCAGUCCUGUCCAGCACCUAUGCAGGAUGGCUUACCAGUCAUUUUCCUUCCCCACGAAUUGAUGGUGUACAGAGGCGCUUGCUCGCUGUACCUGGGGGAUGCCACUGCGAUACAGGACUUCACGGUGGCUUUGGAGUUAGCGGGGCAUUUUUUUGAGGCGGAAGGCGACUCGUCCAAAGAGACGACCUUUGGAGAAGGCCGCAUAGGUUUGGCGUACUUUGAAUGCGAAUGCACCUUCAACUUGGCUCUGUGUCAGCUACGCUCCAAGAGCUACGCCGGGGCGCUGGCGAAUCUGGAGAAGCUCUGCGAACGCAUGGAGGAGAUGGAGAUCUGCGCAACAGCCAUGGGUCUGGUCUGGUUUCUCUGUGGCAUUUGUCAUCUUGCCCUGGACAGUGCCACGGAACAGUUUGCCAAGGAGGCUUUCUCUCGUUCCUAUUCUUAUGACACUGCCUAUGUGGAUGACUUCCUCCUCCGGAAUGGCAGCCAGAUGAGUCAAGAGGAGGAUCGACCGGAGAAGCCGCGACCCCUUGGUGGACCACCUGGCAGGGAAGAGGAGGGCAAGGAAGAUCUUCCCACAGUGGUUUGCUGCCUGCAGCUAUCCAGCGACAAAGACUCGCAAGAUGCUGAAAACACACAGAGUCGCAGUGCCAGGCGGUUCCUGAGCGCAUUGGCGCCAAUUCGCAUCAAGGUGCGCGACGUGGUCAUUUGGGGUCGGCCCAGCAUCAGUUGGCCCUCGAUUCCACCGGUGCGCUGGAAGCCUCGUACGAGCUUGGCGCGCUUGGACUUCCUGCAGCAACGUGACCCCCUGUCCAUGACUCCAGGUAAUCCACCAUCUGGUGAGAACCCAGAAGACAACAACUUCUGAAACUGGGCGGUUGCUUUUGACCAUUUCGGGCUUUUUUGGGUGUGUUUCACAACCCACUGAACCCGUUUCACACGUGGCCGUGCUGCCACAAAAAUCCAUGGCACCCGAGUGAAGAGAACGCGGGAGCGUCUCAAAA